AUGUUCCGCCUCCGAAAUUGGCUCACAGCUAUCACGGUCACAAUGCUGGCUCCAGAGUUAGGCAGCGCAGAUUGGACCUUCAAAUCACGACCAGAUUUGUCUCCUCCAACCCUCAACAUCACGCUGUCAACCCCAUCCGAGAUAUCGCCAGGCUAUAUCUUCGUAUCGCCACGUCCGUCUCGUAGAGUCAAACCCAUUGGGCCUUUCGGCCCAGUCCAAGCCGGGCCGUACAUUUUUACAACCACCGGAGAACUUGUUUGGUCGGGAAUCGGAUCAUUCUCAGCUGCCACGAACAAUUUUCAGGCUGCGCGGUUGAAUGGACAAGAUGUGCUGUUUGGAUUUGAAUUCGAUGCAACGUCCAGACGAACUCAAUUUGGACAAGGGCGAGUGAGGAUACUGGACCGCAAGUAUGAGAUGGUCAAGGAGGUUGCCAUGAUGAAUCACAUAAUUGCCGACAAGCACGAAUUCCAGAUUAGGAACGAGAAGACAGCGCUAUUCGUAUCGUACACGCCAGUGCAGUGUGAUUUGACAGAAUUCAGCACUAGUCCUAAGGCUCAAUGGCUUUUGGAUGGAGUAUUCCAAGAGGUUGAUAUAGAGACUGGACGCCUCGUUUUUGAGUGGCGAAGCCUCGACCACGUGUCUCCAAGCGAAUGCGUUGUGCCCCUAUCUACAUUGUCGCUGGGCAGCGGACUCAACAACACGGACGCUAUAGACUUCUUCCACAUCAACUCGGUCGACGGAGACGGGAAGAACUACUUGAUAUCCGCUCGCCGCACGUCCACUAUCUACAAGGUCAACGGAACUACGGGAGAUAUCAUCUGGCGCCUGGGCGGCAAGUAUUCGAACUUCACGUUUGGACCUGGAGCUUCAUUCGGCCUUCAGCACGAUGCGCGAUUCGUUUAUAGUUCUGAGGGUGCCGACACUGCAACCAUCAGCCUGUUCGACAACAGUGGUCAACGCUCCUGCGACGGGGAAUGGGAGAACGAAUCCAGCGGUAAGAAACUUGUCUUGGACACCCAGAACUGGACAGCAAACCUAGUUCAAAAGUUCGCAGCACCCAACGGCGAAUUUGCGUUCGCGAUGGGCAACACGCAGGUGCUGCCCAACGGCAACGUCUUCGUGAAUUGGGGGACAGCAGGCGCAAUCACGGAAUUCUCGCCGAGUGGUACUACCGUCUUCCAUGCAUAUCUCGACAGCGGGGUGCUUUUCCGGAACGGAAGACCGGCGAGCUAUCGCGGAUUCAGAUUCAACUGGACAGGAAUGCCGAGUGAGGACCCUGCAAUCGUCUCACUGGCAAAUCGCGAGAGCAUGACGGUUUAUGUGAGCUGGAAUGGCGAUACUAAGACGAAGUCAUGGCAGUUCUGGGGUAUUGAUCCUGAAGGUAGAGAGGAAUUGCUCGGCGAGGAAGAGAGGAUGGGGUUCGAAACGGAAUUUCAUGUUGAGAGUGGAAGCGGUUGGAAAGGGUUCCUGGCCAAAGCGUUAGGGAAAGAUGGAAAAGUGUUGAGAAUGUCGAAGGUGGCAAAGGUGAGACCAUACAUCUCUCCGUAUGAUUCGGAGAAGGAUGGCCUCGCCGUCGAGAAAAAUAGCCCCCAAGCCUUGGUACACGAAGGCCGAAAGAGCGAGUUAUGA